AUGUCUGCUAAACGAAAGACCGUAAAUGUUAGAAUCUCUGAUGAUGAAGACGAAGAGAUGCGUGCUAUUGAAGAAGGUUCCCGUAGAACGCGUCCCGAAACGCAAGCUCCUAACGCGACGAAGAAGAAUAGAACGCCGAAAAAACAGCCGAAGAAUAGUAAUGCUCCAGCUGCUGGUACCAAGACUGAUGAUGUGUCACCGGAUGUCGUCGACCAAAUGAACCGUCCACAUAUCCAGCAACAAUAUCCAGUGAUGGACCAUGCCGCCCGAGCGAAUAUAAUACAUCCAGUUAUGAUCGAUCAUGCGAACCGUCCCAUAAAUAUGGCACUAUAUCCAGGAGCUCCAUGUUGGUGUAGCCAGAUUUCUGGCGAUAUGCGUGCAAUCCGCGAACUGAUUGGUGCGGUUUCCAACGGGAUUCAUUGCAUUCUUCAAAAAGUUCACAUGGAUCAAGUUCACAAUGCGGAACUGAUGACAAAGAUGUUGAACACCGUUGAAAUGAUUGCGGACACUGUUACCAAUCUGCCGCUUGCUCAGUUGCAAGAAUGUGAUCAGUAUUUGCUAGAAGAAGCUGCCGCCCCAAAUGCUAAUGAAAAUCCGAAUGAUGUGGAUAAUGCGGGAGCCUAUUAUACGCAAAACGAUGAGCAGAUGCCGCCACCGAAUCAGCCUCCCAAUAACAACUUCCGUCCUUUCCAGUGA